AUGUCACAAGAGUCUCAGGAGAUAAAGACGAUUGAGCAGUGGAAAUGGUCCGAAAUGCAAGGCCUUGAACUCGUGUCUUCUGCUCCUCCCUCUUCUGAACCUUUUAAAACCAACCCAACUUUAACAAUAAACAACACACAAGACCAACAAGACCAAAACCAUCAGGAAACUCUACUAGACACAAAAGAAAUGGAGCCUCAGAAAGAUAGCACUGGUUCUUCUAGUAAUAUUACUACUACUAGUAGUAGUAACAGUGGUAACGGAGAAAAGCCAGGGGAUGUUGCUACCGUUGGGUUUGGGCAGCUUUUUAGAUUUGCUGAUGGGUUAGAUUAUGUUUUGAUGGCAAUUGGUUCUGUUGGUGCUUUUGUACAUGGCUCUUCUUUGCCUCUCUUUCUUAGGUUCUUUGCUGAUCUUGUUAACUCUUUUGGGUCUAAUGCCAAUGACAUGGAUAAGAUGAUGCAAGAAGUUUUGAAGUAUGCAUUUUAUUUUCUCAUUGUUGGAGCUGCAAUUUGGGCAUCUUCUUGGGCAGAAAUAUCUUGUUGGAUGUGGACUGGAGAGAGGCAAUCAACUAGGAUGAGGAUCAAGUACUUAGAAGCAGCUUUAAACCAGGACAUCCAGUACUUUGAUACCGAAGUUCGCACCUCUGAUGUCGUUUUUGCCAUUAACAGUGAUGCAGUGAUGGUCCAGGACGCCAUUAGUGAGAAGUUGGGCAAUUUCAUUCAUUAUAUGGCGACAUUUGUGUCUGGAUUUAUAGUGGGUUUUACUGCUGUGUGGCAAUUAGGACUAGUCACUCUUGCAGUUGUUCCUCUUAUUGCUGUAAUUGCAGCUAUCCAUACAACCACAUUAACCAAGCUUUCUAGCAAGAGCCAAGAAGCUCUGUCACAAGCAGGAAAUAUUGUAGAACAGACCGUUGUUCAAAUUAGAGUUGUUAUGGCAUUUGUUGGGGAAUCAAGAGCAUUACAAGCCUAUUCAUCAGCAUUGAAGGUGGCUCAAAGAAUCGGUUAUAAAAGUGGAUUUGUGAAGGGAAUGGGAUUGGGUGCAACUUAUUUUGUUGUGUUCUGCUGCUAUGCUCUGCUUCUCUGGUAUGGGGGUUAUCUUGUUAGACAUCAUUAUACCAAUGGAGGACUAGCUAUAACCACUAUGUUUUCUGUCAUGAUCGGAGGACUGGCUUUAGGCCAAUCUGCUCCUAGCAUGGGUGCAUUUGCCAAAGCUAAAGCUUCAGCUGCAAAGAUUUUUCGAAUAAUUGAUCAUAAACCAGCUGUUGAUCGAAACAGCGAGUCAGGGUUGGAGUUAGACUCAGUUACUGGACUAGUAGAACUGAAAAAUGUAGAUUUCUCUUAUCCAUCAAGGCCAGAUGUUCGGAUUCUCAACAAUUUUACACUCAAUGUUCCCGCUGGCAAGACUAUAGCUUUGGUUGGCAGUAGUGGCUCUGGUAAAAGCACUGUCGUCUCCCUCAUUGAAAGAUUCUACGAUCCUGACGCAGGGCAAGUUCUGCUAGAUGGGCAUGAUAUAAAGACAUUUAAGUUGAGAUGGUUGAGACAACAAAUAGGACUUGUUAGCCAAGAGCCUGCUCUAUUUGCCACCAGCAUUAAAGAAAAUAUACUGUUGGGUAGGCCUGACGCAGAUCAAAUUGAAAUUGAAGAAGCUGCUAGAGUUGCCAAUGCCCAUUCAUUUAUUGUGAAGCUACCUGAAGGCUUUGACACUCAGGUAGGUGAGAGAGGUUUGCAGCUGUCUGGAGGGCAGAAGCAGAGGAUAGCUAUAGCAAGGGCAAUGCUGAAGAACCCGGCAAUUCUUCUUUUGGAUGAGGCGACAAGUGCAUUGGAUUCUGAGUCAGAAAAACUAGUGCAGGAGGCCCUUGACAGAUUCAUGAUUGGCAGGACAACUCUUGUCAUUGCCCACAGGCUCUCCACCAUUCGCAAGGCUGAUCUUGUAGCUGUACUACAGCAAGGUAGUGUCACUGAAAUCGGCACCCAUGAUGAGCUCAUUGCCAAAGGAGAGAAUGGUGUUUAUGCUAAGCUCAUCAGAAUGCAAGAGGCAGCUCAUGAAACAGCUUUGAACAAUGCCAGAAAGAGUAGUGCAAGACCCUCAAGUGCAAGGAACUCAGUAAGCUCUCCAAUUAUUGCACGUAAUUCUUCUUAUGGAAGAUCACCCUACUCGCGCAGGCUAUCUGAUUUCUCUACAUCAGAUUUUAGUCUCUCCCUUGACGCUGCACACCCCAAUUACCGACUUGAAAAGCUUGCUUUCAAAGAGCAAGCUAGUUCAUUCUGGCGCCUUGCAAAGAUGAACUCUCCUGAAUGGUUUUAUGCACUGGCUGGUUCUGUAGGCUCAGUUGUUUGUGGCUCCCUCAGUGCCUUCUUUGCCUAUGUUCUCAGUGCUGUCCUCAGCGUUUACUAUAAUCCAGACCAUUCUUACAUGAGCAGAGAAAUUGGAAAAUACUGCUAUUUGUUAAUUGGGCUCUCAUCAGCUGCUCUAAUCUUCAAUACAAUGCAGCAUUCCUUCUGGGACAUUGUCGGAGAAAAUCUUACAAAACGAGUGAGGGAGAAAAUGCUAGCUGCAGUACUUAAAAAUGAAAUGGCAUGGUUUGAUCAAGAGGAAAAUGAGAGUGCUAGGAUUGCAGGGAGAUUAACUCUUGAUGCAAACAAUGUCAGAUCAGCCAUUGGAGAUAGAAUUUCAGUGAUUGUGCAAAAUACAGCAUUGAUGCUUGUUGCUUGCACAGCUGGGUUUGUUUUGCAGUGGCGUCUAGCCCUUGUGCUUAUAGCUGUUUUCCCUUUGGUUGUUGCAGCCAAUGUUCUACAGAAAAUGUUCAUGACGGGUUUCUCUGGCGACCUAGAAGCUACACACGCCAAAGCCACACAACUGGCAGGUGAGGCCAUAGCCAAUUUAAGGACUGUUGCUGCCUUCAAUUCAGAAUCCCAAAUAGUUGGUCUUUUCGCCACCAACCUUCAGACUCCUCUACGCCGUUGCUUUUGGAAGGGUCAGAUAGCUGGAAGUGGAUUUGGAAUAGCUCAGUUUUCUCUCUAUGCUUCGUAUGCUCUUGGCCUUUGGUACGCAUCCUGGCUUGUGAAGCAUGGAAUCUCUGAUUUCUCAAAGACAAUCCGAGUUUUCAUGGUCCUUAUGGUUUCUGCCAAUGGUGCAGCUGAAACAUUAACCUUAGCUCCUGACUUUAUCAAGGGUGGUCGAGCAAUGCGCUCAGUUUUCGACCUACUUGACCGUAAAACUGAAAUUGAACCUGACGAUCCAGAUGCAACUGCAGUUCCUGACCGUCUUCGCGGAGAAGUUGAACUGAAGCAUGUAGAUUUUUCUUAUCCAACUAGGCCUGAUGUACCAGUUUUUAGUGAUUUAAAUCUCCGUGCACGAGCUGGAAAAACUCUUGCACUUGUAGGUCCUAGUGGAUGUGGUAAGAGUUCAGUCAUUGCACUUGUGCAGCGAUUCUACGAGCCAUCAUCAGGAAGAGUUAUGAUUGAUGGGAAAGACAUUAGAAAAUACAAUCUCAAGUCCCUAAGAAAGCACAUGGCUAUAGUUCCUCAGGAGCCAUGCCUCUUUGCUACUAGCAUUUAUGAAAACAUUGCCUAUGGUCAUGAAUCAGCAACUGAAGCUGAAAUCAUUGAAGCUGCUACUUUAGCCAAUGCUCAUAAGUUCAUAUCAGGAUUGCCAGAUGGAUAUAAAACAUUUGUAGGUGAGAGAGGAGUUCAAUUAUCUGGUGGACAGAAGCAGAGAAUUGCCAUAGCUCGUGCUUUAGUUAGAAAAGCAGAACUUAUGCUACUUGAUGAGGCAACAAGUGCAUUAGAUGCUGAGUCUGAAAGAUCUGUACAGGAAGCUCUAGACCGAGCUUGUUCUGGUAAAACCACUAUUAUAGUUGCACAUAGACUAUCAACUAUAAGAAAUGCACAUGUCAUUGCUGUUAUCGAUGAUGGGAAAGUGGCAGAACAAGGAUCUCAUUCCCAUUUGUUGAAAAAUUAUCCUGAUGGGUGUUAUGCAAGAAUGAUACAGUUACAAAGGUUUACACAUAGUCAAGUCAUUGGAAUGACUUCAGGUUCAAGUUCUUCGGCUAGACCGAAAGACGAAGAAAGAGAAGCAUAAAGAGAUCAAGCGAAAGCACUACCAGUAAGAGGAGUAUAUUCUGCAUACCCCUUAUGAUUUUUGAGCUUUUAUUUUUUUCUUUUGUGGUUUCAGUUUUAAUGCCAUGGUAUAGUAUAGUAUUGUGUAUUAUCUAAUUAUUUUUUACCAUAUAUUUUCUAAUCUCAUGAAUCUUUCACUAAGGAAACAAUUAUGACAAAUGCUUUGAUGAGAUUGAAAUA